AUGGAGGACAAUAACCUCACCCAAAGGAUACCGAGGAUCGGGCAAAAUGGAGGAAUUGACGCAGGAAAGCUGACCUUGGCACUGGACUGGGAAAUCGCUAGGAAGAAGAAGAAGAACAUAUUACGUGAAGUCAUCAAACAUAUUCAAAACGGAUGGCCUAAAAAAAUUAUUAACGCAGAAGUUAAGCCUUACUACUUAUGUAGAUUGCAACUGUCCGUUGAAAAUGGUUGCGUUAUGAGGGGUCAUAAAGUGGUGAUACCAGGGAGUUUGCGUCACCGUAUUUUAACAGAGUUGCAUACCUCACACAUGGGCAUAGUUAAAACAAAGGCUGAAGCUCGAUCUCGAUGUUGGUUUCCAGGCUUAGACGACGCCCUAGAAAAUAUGAUUAGCUCAUGUGAGGUGUGUAUGCAGCUACGACCGACUCCGCCGCGCACUCCGGUGUGCCCGUGGGAAUACCCCCCACAACCCUUUUACCGUGUACACUUAGACUUUCUAGGUCCGCUGAAUGGUCGGAUGUACCUCGUCCUAGUAGACGCGUACUCCAAGUGGCUUGAGGUGUACGAGAUGGCUUCCACAACUACUAGUGCGGUCAUUGAAAGAAUGUAUGAGUACAUGUCCAGAUACGGAUUGCCUCAUACGGUAGUUACGGAUAACGGUACUAAUUUUUGUUCUCAGGAGUUUCUUAAUUUUUGUGCACUAAACGGUAUAUCUCAUAUUACUUCGCCGGCAUACCAUCCGGCAAGCAACGGACAAGCCGAAGCUUAUGUGAAAAUAGUAAAAAGGGGUAUCAAAACUUGUUUGUUGAGUAGUACAAAUGCUAGGGAAAACAAACUGCGACUAUACAAAUACGUUUUCGAUUAUAGAAACUCAGUUCACUCAACAACAGGAAUGUCUCCGGCACAGUUAGUGUUUGGUCGCAAAUUACGUUCACGUUUAGAUUUAAUGAACCCGCGUUCGCCACCGUCGCCUUCAUCUGCUUCGUUGACUGAUUAUGUUUUAUCUAAACAGUGUACGCAAAGUAAAACAAAAGGAGGGAAAGUCAGAAAUUUUGAGCUAGGCCAAGUAAUUAUGUACAAGAAAUAUCUUGUUAAUAAUAAAUAUACGUGGUGUAAAGGUGUGAUAUUAAAGAGAAUUGGUAAAAACGUAUACAUUGUAAAAGACUUUAAAUCUUCAAUACAACUCAAGAGGCACUCUGAACAGCUGUUUUCGUGCAAAACCAAAUGUGGUGCCAGUCAAACCUGGGCGGAUGACUUGAGCGGUUCUAUUGCUCCAACUGUUGCUAGUCCGGCAACGGGGAUGAUGUCGUCGCCUUGUGAUGAUAGUAGCGGCAUCGGACCUCACACACACGACGAAGAGAGUGCAACUGAGGAGAGAGAAGAGGAGAGCGGCCGCACUGGAAUCUCUAGUGCAUGUGACAACCAGCCGAAUCGGGAGUCACCGGAACCGAGCCACGUAACUGUCACGCGAGGAGUGCGUCGACCCGCGCAGUCUGAAGACUCUGAAGAAGGGGAUCUGUUCUUCGAGGCAGAGGAGGCGAGCUUGGAGCCCCAAAAUAUUAGGGAGCCCAGGUUUCCUAAACGUAACCGUCCUAGGGUUAAUUAUAGACAGUUUUAUUAAAUGUGUGGCUUGUAAUUUUGUUUGUCCUAAUAGUGUUAAUGUGUCUUAAUAGUUAAUGUGUCUUGAACUGAUAAGGGAGGAAAUGUUAUGUUUGUAAUAAAUGUUAGUGUGUCACUGGCCGUCUUGAG